GCUACACAAGCGGUGGUGGAGCACGCUCUUGUCUACGUCCAUACCUAAUUCGGUAGUUUUCUGCGGCGCCCGUGAGCCUUCGCUACAGAUAUGACGAUUUUAGCGCGAUGUCCUCGGAUAUUGGGUCGCAGCGUGUCGCUCGUGAGGCACUCAUCGAAACUUUCUCUCGACGACACGAUGGGUCUCAACGAAGAACAGUUGCAAAUGCAAACAAUCGCCAAGAGUUUCGCGGAGAAAGAGUUCCUGCCGAACAUGAAAGUUUGGGACAGAGAGCAUAUUUUCCCGCGGGAAGCCCUCCAGAAGGCAGCCGCGCUGGGUUUCGGGGCGAUCAGGGUGCGUGACGAAUUCGGUGGUAGUGGACUGGAGAGUUUGGACUCCGCGAUUAUUUUUGAGGCCCUCGCCAGGGGUUGCACUUCGACCGCCGCAUAUCUGAGUAUCCACAACAUGGCAACAUGGAUGAUAGACUCGUUCGGAAGCACAGAGCAACGAGCCAAGUGGAUUUCGAAAUUGGCUUCCAUGGAAUUCUGCAGCUCGUACUGUCUCACCGAGCCGGGCAGCGGAAGCGACUCCGCGGCUCUAUCAACCAGAGCGGUGAAGAACGGGGAUUAUUACGUGAUCAACGGGAGCAAAGCAUUCAUAUCCGGAGCCGGCGAAAGCGAUUUAUAUGUCUGCAUGGUCCGCACGGGAGCAGCUGGACCAAAAGGGAUAACAUGUCUCGUAAUCGAGAAAAACUCUCCGGGCCUUUCGUUCGGCAAAAACGAGAACAAACUCGGCUGGAAUACUCAUCCGACGAGAGCUGUGAUCUUCGAGGAUUGCAAAGUUCCCGUGAGCAAUCGAUUGGGCGAAGAAGGACAAGGGUUCAACAUAGCCAUGAAAGGACUCAACAACGGACGGGUGAAUAUCGGCGCCUGCUCGGUCGGAGCAGCUGCUGCCAGCAUCGAGUUCGUCGCCCACUACAUGAAGGAUCGUAAGCAAUUCGGGAAGCCGAUAGCGGAUUUCCAGUUCAAUCAAUUCCGCUUGGCGGAAAUGGCGACCAAGCUACAAGCCGCAAGGCUCAUGGUGAGGCAAGCGGCGAGAACUUCUCAGGAGAAUCGAGAAAACGCAACCCAGAUGUGUUCGAUGGCUAAAUACUUCGCAACCGAAACCUGCUUCCAAAUCACGGAUCAGGCCAUGCAGUUGAUGGGUGGAUACGGAUUCAUAAACGAAUUCCCUGUGCAGCAGUAUUUCCGGGACUGCCGAGCUCAUCCCAUCAUCGAGGGAACGAACGAAAUCAUGCGACUCAUAAUUUCUAGAGACAUUCUCAAAUAGAAGCCCCUCCGGGAAGUCUUAUGGAGAACGAGAGAAGGACGAGCGGAGCCUGUCUACCGGAAGAUUCGCACAAGAGACUUGCAGUGAUCAUGUUUCGAACGUCGCGACGUUUGAAUGUAUGGAUGAUCCGAUCAUGGACUAAAUACUCAUGGGUCGAGGGAGACUGUA